UUCCACAUUUUCACCAACGCAUGAACCCGGCACAGACGUUGACCCGGAAUUGUUUCUGUCGACAAAACACGUGUUUAACAAGCGAGCUAGGCAAACCAAAAACGGACGUUUGAAGAAAACGAAGUUAAAGGACUACACAGCACCACCAUGGGUAAAUCUAAACAGAUCGGAAACCACAACAGUACUAGGAAGAAGAGUAUUGGAAAGACAUGGAAGACGAAACGUUACACGAAGCAUUUGGACGAAAUCCACGCCGACAUGAAGCCGUCAGCUGCAGCCAAGCUACUAAAACAGGAGGUGGACUACGACGUCGCUGGUUGUGCGCAACACUACUGUUUACAUUGCGCACGGUAUUUUGUUGACGCAAAAGCCCUGAAGGAGCACUUUAAGACCAAAGGUCACAAAAAACGGAUUAAGCUGUUGAAGGAUGAACCGUACUCUCAGGCAGAAGCGGACAGAGCUGCAGGUAUGGGGUCCUACAUACCCCACAAAACCGUUGAAGUGAAAACACAACCAAUCGAAGAGGAUAUGGACUGAAUGUGGAAUGCCUUUAUUUUGGUGAUCACAUUUACCCAGGGUUCAAGAACUCCCUACUUUUUGAUGACUCACAACUAUGGACAUUGGUUUGCAUGAUUGCAUUAUAAUAUGAUGUACAUAUGUAUAUUCCCCCGUAAAUAUUUCAUGUGUGUGUUGUGAAAUGUGAACUUGUGGUACACAAUCAUAAACUGAAUGGAAAUAGA